UUCUAACGGACAUUGAAUGAGUUUUAAGAAGGAAGUCUAGGGUUCAAACCCUGGAAACUAACAUAACUACUAACUUAAUAAAAUUUUCAUAUCCAAAAGAAAGCUUCAUUGUUUUGUAUUGUAUAUAAGAAGCACCAUUGUCUUCUGUGGAACCUGUAUUGGCUGUUGCGCCUGUGCACACAAACUGUUAUACUCAAUAGCUGAUCAUGUCCACUCUACUUCAAUCCUCUUUCAUUUCUUCAUCUUCCAUCUCUCCGAUCACUCCCCGUCUCGCUCGCAUCUCCCUCCGUAACGCCGUCAGAUGCAAUAAUGCCGUAGUCUUUUUGAACUCGGCGAACGGAAUUCCAUAUCGUUCCGCUGAACUUUCAGCUAACGGUUCAACUUCCAUUCCGAGUUUUCUCGUGGCGCCUAACACUCGUAUCCAUGAUCUCGUUAACAUAAAUCGUCUUCGCAUAUUCUCCGGUACCGCCAAUCCCGCACUCGCUCAGGAAAUUGCAUGCUAUAUGGGCCCGGAUUUGGGAAAAAUUAAGAUAAAGCGUUUUGCUGAUGGUGAAAUAUAUGUCCAACUGCAAGAGAGUGUCAGAGGGUGUGAUGUGUUUCUUGUGCAGCCCACAUGUCCCCCUGCGAAUGAGAAUCUUAUGGAGCUUCUAGUAAUGAUAUAG